AUGGGAUUGUGUGAUGUUCCAGUUAUCGCGGGGAAGUUCACUUGGUUUAGGUCGGACGGUUCAGCAAUGAGCAGACAUGAUAGAUUUCUUUUGUCAGAUGGUUUAGUGCAACUUUGGAAUGUUGCGAAUCAAGCUAUUGGUAACAGAGACUUAUCGGCCCAUUGCCCGAUUUGGGCUUGGAUUGAGCUGAAGAUUUUGGGGUCACCAAGUUUUAUUUUGAAAGAGAAAUUGAAAUGUUUGAAAGUUCGCUUAAAAAUUUGGAACAAAGAAGUGUUUGGAAUUCUUGACUUAGAUGUGGAUAUAGCAGUGAAGUCUCUUAAGAAGUUGGAUACUGUUGCGAGUUUGUCUGGUUUUUGUAACUCUUUGAGCACUGCAAUGGAGGAAGCGAUUUCUCUUGUUUGGCAAACCAUGAACUACAGGGAGAGUAUUCUUCGGCAAAAAUCGAGGCACCAUUGGUUUAGAGAAGGGGAUGUCAAUUCCAGGUUUUUCCAUAAGUGUAUGAAACAAAGGUUUAGGCAUAAUUGCAUUUCGGUGCUGCACACUGCUACAAGCUGGAAGAAGAGUGCAGAGGAGAUUAAGAAGGAAGUCCUUGACCAUUUUCAGACUGUUUUUUCUGAACCAGUUCCUAGGAGGCCUUUUCUUUAG